AUGAAGACCACGGUGGCCAGGUUUCCCCCCGUUCCCCGGCUACGCUGGCCGUUUCAGGAGGCCUCCGAGACCUUCGACGCGGGCCGAAACGUUUCGGCCUCCGAGACGGGUGUGGAUGCCUCAGCGGAGGCGGAGGAGUUGGCCCUGGAGGCCAUGGUGGAAGUGAUGGAAGUGAUCAAUGGAGCGGAAGCAAAACCGGAUCCACUGGAGGCCCUCCUGGCUGUCGACAUGGGGUCCUCCGCUUCCAGAUCCGCCUCCCCCUCGAUGACGUCGCCAGCGUCGCCAGUGUCACCAGGGUCGCCAGGGUCGCCACUGGCAGAUGAAGCGGCCGAGGAUGGCGAGGAUAUGGAGGAUGUGGAGGAAGUGGAGGAAGUGGAGGAUGUGGAGGAAGUGGAGGAUGUGGAGGAAGUGGAGGAUGUGGAGGAUGUGGAGGAAGUGGAGGAAGUGGAUGGUCAUCCAUCAGAUCUAGAAAGAAAAGAGGCAGAUUCAGAUCCAGCUGAUGAAGUGAUCCAAGAGCAUCUCCCAGAUCUCCCAGAUGCAGAGCAUGGGGACUUGGCUCAGGAACUCACAGUGAGACUCGGUGAGUCAUUGGGUGAAACGUUGCACGCGUCUGUUGGCGAAGCCGCACCUCAGAACAUGUCCCCCGCCGAGGUCACUGGCACAGAAGAAAGGUCGGCCGAAGCUGCGGCACAGACGACAAUGACCGACCACGAAGAAGUUGUUCCAGAUCAGAGGCUAGCUGCAAGUGAAGAUGUCCGUGAAGAGGCUGCCUUGAAAAGCUCCUGGCCUGGUCCCUUGAAAGACCAGAAGGCGGCAGUACAGGACCUGGAUCACCUGGAUCAACGCCCAGGCCGCGCCGUGACCGCCGUGAGCGCCGUGACUGAGGAAGUAUUGCGAGUGCGCACGCAAUCGCUGAGCGCUUGGGAAAACUGGAACGGAUUGGUCGCCCCCGAUCUCCGCUUCGAACCCGAAAUCCUCAGAGGUCUCAGAACCAUCCGCAGUGAGCCAACUUUCCUGGUAAAUCAUCGAGUACAACAGCAGCAAAUUGAACGGGGACAAGCCUGGCUGAUGGAGGCACGGCGAAAGCGCGCGCCGGUUCCUGCUCCAGCGGCUUCUCCGAAACCUCAACGAGCGCCGCUUGUUGUGCCGGGAGCUGUUCACGAGAAGGUCCAAGAGAACGAUAAAGAGGAGGCCUUUGGCAGCUGGUGCCUGCGCUGCAGCUGGUCCGGAGUCUCGGGUGCGGGCUCCGUUAGCAGCACGGGGCGGGGCCGGCGCAGCAGCGAUUCGGAGCUUCCAAGCAGCAUUUUCUCCAGAAAGUUCAGUUCCGAGGGAGCGCCCAUUGGACCCUCCAUCGUGUCUGGAGCAAAUGAUGGGGCAAUACAUCUUCGAAAAGCUAAGAGGCGUGUGAGUUUCAAUAGUGGCGACUUUGAGAAGGAGAAGCUGGAGAGAGUUCCAUCGGAACCGGUGGAACCGAUGGAACCUGGAAAUUCCGAGACAGAAGGCGUAGUCCAAGAUGCUGAAACAAAGAAAGCAGCCGAAAGUGCUGCUGCGCGGGCCCAGGCAGCCCAGGCAGCCCAGGCGGAGGCUGAAGUUCCAGGAAAGACCAGAGAAGAAGAGAUUGACGACUUUAUCAAUGAGGUGACCGAAAAAGCUGCACUGGCACAAAGACAAGCAGCUGACCAGGCCACUAUGGCCUUGGCCGAGAGCAUGAUGAACAUGGCGGAUGACAUGGAAAGAGUGAAGCAGCUCGCCACCCGCGACGUUGACGAGUGCAACGAGUGUGACACUGACGAGGAGCUCGACUCCCGGGAAGCGGAAGCCAAUCUUCCAGCUGUCGCCACUGCCAUCGCCGAGUCGCCAGGGUCGCCAGGGUCGCCAGGGUUGCCAGGGUCGCCAGGGGACAGGGGGUCCGGUGUCAUGAAGGAAGCCAAGGAAGGCCUUGUGCGGACUGGGCUGAUGGCACUGGAAGCACAGAGUGACGAUGAGUUGUUGGGCCUCGCUCCCCGGUCUCAACCAACUCGUCGCCAAAACAAAACAUGGCAACUUGAGGAGGAAAAGAUAGAAGAAGAUAGAAGAGCAGCCGAAGAGGCACUGCAAGCCCAUUUGGAAGAGCGCAGACAAAUGGCAGAGGAUGAGGCGGCUUUAGCAGAAGCAAGAAGAGCAGCAGAUCAGGCAAUGAAGGUGUACGUGAAGGAAGAGCGCAGAAGAAUCGCGGAGGCUGAGGCAGCACUCUCAGAAGCAAGAAGGGCAGCAUUACAGGCGCAAUUAGAAGAGCGGCGAAUAGAGGAGGCUAGAGUGGAAAGAGAGAGCAGCGAAGAGGCAUUUUGGAAUCCUUUGCAGGCACAACUGGAAGAAGAACGGAAAAGAUUCGCACAGGAGGCUGCACGAGAACAAGCAAGAAGAGCUACAGAAGAGGCACGACUGGAAGAAGAAAGGAGAAGACUGGCAGAGGAGGCGGCACAAGAAGAAGCACGAAGGAUUGCGGAAGAGGAAAGACUGGAAGAAGAACGGAAAAGAUUGGCAGAGGAGGAGGCUGCACGAGAACAAGCAAGAAGAGCUGCAGAAGAGGCACGACUGGAAGAAGAAAGGAGAAGACUGGCAGAGGAGGCGGCACAAGAAGAAGCACGAAGGAUUGCGGAAGAGGAAAGACUGGAAGAAGAACGCAAAAGAUUGGCAGAGGAGGAGGCUGCACGAGAACAAGCAAUAAGAGCUGCAGAAGAGGCACGACUGGAAGAAGAAAGGAGAAGACUGGCAGAGGAGGAGGCCGCACAAGAAGAAGCACGAAGGAUUGCGGAAGAGGAAAGACUGGAAGAAGAACGGAAAAGAUUGGCAGAGGAGGAGGCUGCACGAGAACAAGCAAGAAGAGCUGCUGAAGAGGCACGACUGGAAGAAGAAAGGAGAAGACUGGCAGAGGAGGCGGCACAAGAAGAAGCACGAAGGAUUGCGGAAGAGGAAAGACUGGAAGAAGAACGGAAAAGAUUGGCAGAGGAGGAGGCUGCACGAGAACAAGCAAGAAGAGCUGCAGAAGAGGCACGACUGGAAGAAGAAAGGAGAAGACUGGCAGAGGAGGCGGCACAAGAAGAAGCACGAAGGAUUGCGGAAGAGGAAAGACUGGAAGAAGAACGCAAAAGAUUGGCAGAGGAGGAGGCUGGACGAGAACAAGCAAUAAGAGCUGCAGAAGAGGCACGACUGGAAGAAGAAAGGAGAAGACUGGCAGAGGAGGCGGCACAAGAAGAAGCACGAAGGAUUGCGGAAGAGGAAAGACUGGAAGAAGAACGGAAAAGAUUGGCAGAGGAGGAGGCGCGGUUGCUUUCGCACUACUGCCUACAGGGCCUACAGCAGAUGUGUCAUGGUGGGGUGACGUCCCUGAGUUUUAGCAGGAGUGGAGAGAUGUAG